AUGCCAAGCUACCUGCCCCCCUCACACACAGGGGACCAAAAGCUCCGCCAUCGGCCACAUUCCCUCUUCACAGUCUGCAAGUUCCGGGGGCAGGAGGAGCAAGCCUUAGGGCUGGUUGGCAGGAGUGGUAGUCGGCAGCAACACCGGGCAAAGGGGUGGCGGAUUUGCUUGCUUGCUUAUGAAAUUAUAAUGCUUAGAAAGAUAGGAAAUACAAGCACUGAAGAAGGAGGGAAUGAAACACAGAACUGUGGAAAAAUGCACUCAGUUUCAAGAGGGCGAUCAGAUGCUCCUGGGCAUCACCGGGAGAAAGAAGAAUGUUCAGAAUUCAGAAAUGAUAUUGAAGAAAGAAAUCAUGGUAAAAAACCAUACCAAGAAUCUUCUGGAUUCAAGUCUGGACAAAGCCCUUUAAACAGGCAGCCUUUAAUUAAGCAGGAGAAGUGCAAUGACAAGUCUAAGACCCAAGCAGAGAGGAAUGGAGGCCAAUCAGAGGAGAAAAGAUCUCAAGACCAACUGGAAGAAAAUCGACACCAUUCAGAGAGCUCUCAGGGCCACUCAGAGAGAUCUCAUUGUCAAUCUAAGAGGUCUCAAGGGCAAUUAGAGAGAUCUUAUGGCCAAUCAGAGAGAUUUCAUGGCCAAUCAGAGAGAUCUCGUGGCCACACAGAAAGAUCUCGUGGCCAAUCAGGGAGAUUUCAUGUUCGAUCAGAGAGAUCGCAUGACCAAUUAGAAGAUCUUGUGGCCAUUCAGAGAGAUUUCAUGGUCACUCAGGGAGAUCUCAUGACCACUCAAAGAGAUCUCAUGUCCUAUCAGAGAGAUCUUAUAGCCAAUCAGGGAGAUCUCAUGGUCAGUCAGAGAGAUCUCAUGGCCAAUCAGGGAGAUAUCGAAGAUACUCACCAGCAGGAAGAUUCAGAGCAUCACCCCAAAAGGAGUCUGAAUUUGAGAGGUCUUUUAUAAUCAAAAAAAAGAAUGAAUACUACCAGAAAGGGAUUUGCCAAAGAAAUUAUCAAAUGAACGUGAAUCGAGGGAUUUCACCGGCAAAUGAUCACGACUCCUAUGAAAAUUAUCGAAGAUCUGAAAGAUUCAUGAGACAUGGGGUUAGAGCUUUACACCUAACAGCUAAAUAUGCUACAAUCAAGAAUUCUCCAUCCCAGCCCAGAGGAAUAUACCUGAAAUACAACUUUCAAGCAAUGGGUAAUCAGACUAAGCUUUCGCUCAAUGAGAGAUUCUCUAAGCUGAAAGUGAGGAAAGGACCAGGAUCAAUUUAUCAGCUCUGAAGACCAAAGAGUGCUUUCCUCUUAAAGAUUUGCUGUUAACAGGGAUAUUGUAAUGAAGUUUAUUCAACAGCAUGUAUAUAUUUCCAUAUUUGACUUUUUACUGCUUUUGUUAAUAUAUUUUUCCUUAUGUAAGCUUCAAUGUGAGUAAUCUGUCAAAACUAAGUGUUUACAUAAAAGGAAACAAAUGUUUAGCUUUGUUUGCAUAAAAGAGCAGAGAGGUGGCACAAGAAGGAAGGUGACGGAGAGAUUAUAGGAAAACAGCUAUGUUUUCAGAAUUACAUGCCUUUUCAAGAUUAGAGAAUUUGUUUCUUUGGUUGAAUUUGUUCUUUGAGCUCUAGAAGCCACAUAUGAAUCCUAAGUAGAUUCUAUUUCGUCAGUAGAGCAAGGCAAGACAAGUAUCUUUUAUGACUAAAUAUUCUGUGCCUCAAAAGUCAGUCAGUAAGACUGAAUUCUAUUCUUUAAUUAUUAAAAUGGUAAAUUUGUAUCCAAGCUUUUACAUUUUUUUAGGAAUUUAUGCUUUUACUUUUGACAUGAAUUUAUAAUAAUUUUAAUUUGUUUUGUCACUUUCUGUGAACAUAUUAAGUUAAUAAAGUUUAAAUACAAAUGCGACUUUUUUCCCGUCCGUUGAUACUUGGGGUCUGAAGUAAUGAUGAUCUUGAUACAGACACAUUUUCAAAGUACAGUGAUCUCAACAGUUGAGAGUGGAUCUCAACAGUUGAGAGUGGAUCUCAACUCUGUCCAGCUAAGCCUGUUGUUACAGUACACUGAAAAUAUUGGUUUAUGAUUAUUUGGUGCUUCCAUGUAAGGCUGGUGGUCUUUAGUCUAAUUUAAUAAAUUCUGUCCUCACAUUUAACGGUUGUUUGUGCAAGGAAAAUUAAAUACAGUGUAGAAAUAUAGGAAAAGUUGGAUUCUGGUCUGGCUCAUUUAUACUAUUGCUUUGUAAUCCAAAUUAACAGAUGGUAAAGACUGUUACACUAAUAACAUUGUUUUGAAAAGUAAAACGACCAUCAGUUUAAUUUCAGGUCUGUAUACUUUGCUGUAGCUUUGCUGCAAAGUCUUAAUUUUGAAUAUAAAGAAUGACAAUGUGCAUGAAGCUUCAUAAUAUAAUUUGUAUCAAGUGAUUUGUAGAGAGAAUGUUUCUUCUGAUCACAAAAACAAUACAUGUUUAUUGAAGAAAUUUUAGAAAAUACAAAAUGCCAAAAAAAAUCACACACAUAACAGCUGUAAUAUCUACCUUUAUAUUUAUUUUCUUGACACUAAGAUUUUUUCCAUAGUAAAGCUUUCCACAGUAUUUAUACAGUUUCCCAUUGCUAGACAUUUAGGGAUAUUGUAAUUUGAAUUUUUGUAAAUUAAACUCAUGAUGAGCAUCCACACACCUAUAUCUUUGCAGUAUAACUCCAAUUCGUUCCAAAUGAUCAUUUUUUAGACGUGGACUUGCUAGAUAAAAAAAGUACUUAUUUAGAAUGUUACACAUAUUGAAAAACUGCUGUACAGAAUAUGAAAAAGCUUGUCUUCUCAUAUCCUCAUCAACAGAGAAUAUGGGAUAAACUGUUUUCAAUGUCUUGCUUGCUGAUGGAUAAUAAUGAGUAAAAAGAAAUAACAAAAGUCAAUGAACCUAGGAGUAUUUUCCAAGCUCCAGAUGGUCUCUUUUCUAUAUUAAACAGCAGCCAUAUAACUCACAACUCUACCUUGAAUAACAUCAAAAAUGUACAGGAGCAUAGACAGCCAGUUUCAUCAAUGCCAAGAGAUAAACACUGUAGCCAAUUUGUCAGUACAUGAACAAAGAAACAGGCUGACUGAAUUUUCAAUUUGCUUCAUUUGACAGCAAUCAUAGCACUAAUUUUUGAACUAGCAUCAUCAGCAUCACCUGCAAACUCUCCAGCCUCACCCCAGACCUACUGAAUCAGAAACUCUGGUUGUGGGCCCCAACCAUGUGUGUCACACACGGUAAAGUCUGAGAUUAUAUAGUGGACUACUCCUUAGUGGUAACUAACAUUCCUACCCAAGACCAGGUAGGAUUGUAGAGCCUACCCUUUCUCCUUCUCUUUAUCUGUUUCAGUCUUUCUGGUUCGUACUUUUUUUUUUUUUAAAGAUUUUAUUUUUUCCUUUUUCUCCCCAAAGCCCCCCG